AGAUGCAUUUUUGUGUGGGUUAAACCACAGUAGUGCAAAUUUGAUCCCAUGCUAUAAUAUGUUUAGAUUAUUCAGGACUUAACCACAUCAGUUUUUUAGUGCUACUCUGUGUGCUUCUAGAUGGUAGACAUGGUGGAAAUCACAGCCAUGGGGGUUCUCAUCGUCAUGGUAGAGAUUACCCCCGAAAGCGACACCGAGAUGAUGAUCGCCAUGCAUAUGAGUCCUCAAAGAGAACAGCAGAUCAUGAAUCCAGGAGAAACUCUGAUCAAGAUUCCAGACCGGAGAAGAAUCCACGAUUCCGUGAGAGUGGUGAUUCUGAUGAUGAUGAGGAAGAUGAUCGGAAGAGAAGAUCUUAGUAAUGUAAUUUAAAAUCUGGAGCUUAUUAUGGAUGCUGUAUUUUUAUUGUAGCUGCAAAGCAGGAAAUGACUUUCAUUAAGAUGUUGGGCGUGGAACUGCAGGGGAAAAAAAAUAUGUUUUAGAUAUUCAAUGUUGUGCGUUUUAUACUAAAUGCCUAAAAAUGGAACCUCCAAGACAUUUUGUUUUGUCAAACAACAGUUGCUUCAUACAUUCAUUUUACUGCGAUUCCAGCAAAGAUGGCUA